AUGGUACUGAGCCUUACAACUUCUCUGAAGGAAAUGAAGGCGGAGCAGAAAGAAGCGAUGGAACGACUGGAUUUCAAUAUGGACCACAUGUUGGCCCAAGUGGAGUCAUGCAUCACUGCUGCCGAAGGCACCAGCGAAGGUGAUUGCCGCACACGUCCUCAAGGGGGAGAAGCAAAGGAGGAGCUGCUCCACAAGCCGCCGAAGGACGAGCCGUCUGCGGGUGCUGCGUCCGUGUCCCCUGCGUUGAAGCGCUUGCGGUCGGAAUUGGACGACGCGGUCGUCCACGGCCGGCCGUUGCGGCGCCGCGCCGUUCUGGCCGCCUUGAGGGAAGGCGUUGGAGUAGAGGAGGAGCUCGCAGCUCGUGCCGGGCCGAAGACGACUCUGCUGGGCCAUGCCUUUCUUCAGGCGCAAUCUUUGCAAGAAGAGCUGGAUCUAUCCUUGAUUUUGUCCUUACUUCGAGCCAAAGCUGAUCCCAAUCGUCCAUUGAAUGAAGAACUCCCAGCGCCGAUUGCCACUUUGCUGCUGUGCUGGGAGAUCAAAGAAGCUCAAACCUCCGAUCGACCAUUGGAAGAGUUGCUAUUUGUUGGUCUCAGUGAUGCAGGAGCUGAGGGAAAGAAGGUUUGCCACCACCAUGUCGCAUCCCUGGAUUCCUCACCAUGGACUUUGGCCCUUCAAAGUCCAGAAAAGCAUUGGGAUGAAGAAGUUCAGGCACUGGUGAAGUUUCAAGCACACAUUGAUUGCCGUUUUCCUUUGGGUGGUGUGGUGGCCAGCGCGCUUGGUCACCAGAUCCUUGCGAAGAAUGUGCACGGAUGCCAAGAAUUGCUGAAGCUUCGAGCCUGUCCUGACUGCUACAUUGAACGUUCUGGCAAAGAAGAGAAGUUAGUAGCCGUGGCAGUUGCCAUGGAGAAGCAAGACAAAGAAGCUGCUCUGGACAUUCUGCGACAUCUGAUCGAUCACAAGCCGUACAUGCUGACACCGGUCCUGUUGGAAGGUGUAUCAAUGACUUUUGAAGCAGCUUUGAGGAACCUGGCGAAGAAGGACAGUGAUUGGCUUAGCCUGGCCACCAAGGCGCAGGUGACUCUGGAUGAUGACAGUGAGGCAGGUGGGUCAGACUCUGAUGGUGAUGACCGCUCAGAAAGAUCUGAUGACGAAGAUGGUGAAGAUGAUGACGAGGAAGAGGAAGAGAGUGAAAAGAAGUCAGAAGCAAUGGAGGUCUUUGAAGAGAUCACUGAGGGUGCCGAAGUGGUUCUUGCAGAGAAGCUUGGAGUACCUCAAGAUGAGGCCAGUGACAAGAGAGCCUUCCAGGUGAUUCAGCUGAUCACUUCGGAAGGAGAAGAGACUCUUGCUGAACUUAAGGUGAGUGGUGGGUGCGAGCAUCUUGAGAAACCCAUUCCACUGUCCAAGCUGAUUGCCUUGGAGCCACCCUCCGUGCAUGAGAGCAGCUUUGCUGCAAACAAGGACUAUGCUUUCUGGGACUUGCAUCAGGGAAAGGUUCCCAAGAGCAUGAAGGCAAUUGGAGGCUCAAUCAUCGUUGGCCUGAGUCGCAAUGGCCGGGAUCGGGUCAUCGAGGUGCCGAAGGGCACCCAGCUGGAAUUCGAGCUUCCUGCCCACUUGCAAAAUCCAAGCAGACCUCAAUAUACUGCCAUCAUCGAGUUUCAAAUGAAGCCAUUUCACGGAGUGACCGCCCUCCUGCACACCUCUGCAGAGUUGGGGGAUGCAGAUCUAGUGGUUGAAACCUCCGCCUCGGAGAGUGGAAGUCCUCAACCCACGUUGAAGCUCAGGUCCAGCGGAAGUCAAGAGACGGCCUUGUCUGCGUCCCUGUCAUGGAACUCUUGGCACCGCGUCGUGUUGACACGCUCGGCCGAGGGAUUUGCAAGCCUCAUAGUGGACCGACGUGAGGUCCUACCGGCUGAUGCGGCUGAUCCCCAAAAAGCCAAUCGUUCCUCGCGCCGCGACGGCACCGAGCCCGGCUCUCCGAGCUCUACAGAGCCACCGGCUCUGGGAACACUUCAGAGUGCCUUCCGAGUUUUUGGGUCGAAGCAUGCACAGGAGUCGUCCAAAGGCGGCUUGGCCGUGAGGUUUGUGCUCUUGUGCCGUGAGGCUUUGGGUGCAUCAGCAGUGCAGCUCCUUCUCAGGAAGACCAAGCAGCUGAUGAAAUCGAUUCAACAGCAGCCACUUGUGCUGCAAGAAUUGAAAUUGAUGAAGAAACAGGCCCAUCCAAUAUUCUUGGACGCUUCAUUCUUCGGUUGCUUUUGUGAUGCCUUCAUCAGUGCUGGUGCACAGCCUAAAGAAGUGGCGCAAAGCCAUCGGUUGAUUCUUUUCAUGUUCGAGACCUUGAUCAAGGAGAAUCAGAUGAUGAAAGAUCCUGAUCUGGUGGGCGUCCCGCUGGAUUUGCUGCAGCUGACCUAUGAGCACCUGGAGCGCUCCUCCAAACUCUUUGCGAAGUUUGACCAGUUGUGGGCAUCAUCGGACAUGGAAGAACAAGUGCCUCUGAUCAAGGACCUUCUCAAGCUCUUGAACGAGCUGCGGUCGACCCUAGCAGAGAAGGGACCAGCCUUUGGACCGUUGAUCAUCCCCUUUGGCAUCGUUCAGAGGACUCAGCAAAGCGCCAAGAAGCAAUUCGUGAUCCUUAUCUUGGAGAAGCCGGAUGCCACUUAUCGGCUUACAGUUGUCAAUCCUGGACAGGGAAAAGACUUCCACAAAUCUUCUGUGCAGGGACACCCGAAAGUGAAGUACCAAACGUCAAUGGUUUUCGAGGGCCUGUGUUCUGAAAAAGUGGAGGACGAUGCUUUUUGGCUGACACUUUUCACUGUAGUUCCCACAGUAGGUCCACAGUCAGCAUGGCACCUCCUGUACGAUCUGUUCUUGCCCUUUGUUCUGGGCUCCAAGGGGGAGACCAGGAUGCUCGAAGAUGCGCUUGUUGGUUCCCAAGAGGAUUGGCGAACGCCUCAACGUGGUAGCGGGUGCUGGAAGGUCUUGAUGCAUGCAAUCCGCCAGUUGAUGCGAUCAAACUCGGUCUCAGUUACAAAUGCAAAGCUACUGCAGUGGAGGCUGCGGCAGCAUUUCCUGCAAUUGGCACUGAAAGAUGUCGAUGCUGUUCCGCGACUGAGCCGCAGUCAGAGGACAUGUCUUCGCAUCGCUGCUUCGCAACUUGGGCUUACGGCUGUGAAGCUUAGUGUCCAGAUGCCGGACACACAUGAGCAGCUCGGUUUCCUGAAAGAAUCCAAGCAGAUGAUCGAAAAGGCCGAAGAGGCCCUAGCGGCCAAACCAGUGUUGCAUUCAGGAGAGCUUCCACUUGCUGAGCUGCAGCUUAGUGCUCUGGCCGCGAAAGCGCACGAGCAAACCACUGCUCAUCCCAAUUGGGACUAUUUCGUGGGGCCUCGGCCCAAUCCUGGGCAGUCUCUCAGCAUACCUGCUCAAAUCCCAUUGGAUUUGUUGGCUUUGAGGGAGCGCGCAGAGACUACUGAAGAAGCAAUUCAGGCAAUUUACACGGCUGAUGAGAUUUGCCGCACACUUUCCGGACUACGCCAAUCCGGCCGGUGCAAGUUCGGCCAUCUCUUCAUCAUCAAUGUUUUGCAACAGCUUUUCACAGAAAUCAUCCCUACCCCUUUGGGACCAAUGUCUUCUCACAAAGACAAGCUGUGGUCAUGCAAUGAAGACUUCCAUUCUCCGCACGAGUACCUUACCAGACUCAUGGUAUCAGACUUGCAGCAAACUCUGCUCCGGCUUUGUUCGCAAUUUGCAGCAGCAGCCUUUAGCAUCCACACUGAAAGAACCAACAAGGCGGUUGUGGAUGCAGAGGUGCAGAGAGCACAUUUGACUCGAAGUUUUGAUUCCACAAUCCUUUGCGUCUUUGGGGCGAUAGCUGCCCUGUCUGACCGCUUGGCCCGCAUGACUCCGCAGGACUAUCAGAGCGACUGGCCGGACAAAGCUCGAAAGAGCGAGGAGAGCUCCGGGCUGCUGCCGGUUCCGCUCAACUGUCUGACACAGACCCUGAUGGGAUCGGAAGAUUCGCCCGGCUUUGCCAUUUCAGUGGACAGCUUCGUGGUUCAGUCGGAGACGAUCGAGGUGGCGAUUCCAGAGCUGCACAUGAGUCGUUCGGCCAUCAUCAACUAUUUCGUAGAGGUUGCGGAAUCCAUGGGUUUGCAAGGAGAUCGGGGGCGAAUUCUGUUCGAUUGGGACGAUGGAGGCUGGCGAAUGAAUGCUAGAGACCACUACGGCACUUCAAUUUUUUGCAGAACGCUGGCCGCCUCAUAUUUGCACAAUUCAAGCGCAGAAGGGCUCUUGACUGGGCAGGAUGCGUACCUGAUGGCUGAGUUUCCAGAUUUCAGACCGUUCAGAGACAUCGUCUUCUGGUUCAAGUUUGCAUUAUGCACUGACCUCAGGGUAUUUCCGCGGGGGUCCUUCUCGCAAGGCGAAGCAAGUCUGCGAUGGAAGUUCAAUGGAGAGAGCGGCAGGAGCCUCCCAAACUUUCAGAACACGCUCAUGGCCAGUGAUGUCGAGUUGCUUCUCAGCUACCUCACAGUACCAUAUCUUCGCCAACCAUUGUUGCUUCGCUUUUUCUGUCGACACGACCGUGUGUUGGCUCUCCGCCAUCCAGCCCUGCAAGCCAUGCUGCAGGCAGCACUGUUUGAGCCAGGCCGCCUUGUUUUGAGCGGGAAUGACUCUGAAUGCCCCCAGCAAGUGCCAGCGACUGGCAGAGCAGAGAAGGCCUUGGUGGGGUCGCCAAGUGGCCAACUUUUGCUGGAGCUUACUCAUUCACCGCAGCCAUUGCUGGACGCUCUCACGGAUUGCUUGAAUCUGGCAUUGGAUGUAGCUACUUCAUCAACUUCCAAGACGGUGGACAUGGUUUUGUUCAUUUCACGACUUUAUGCUCGAGUGAUGAGCGCCGUCACGUUCCUGCACCAGAUCAUGAAGGGGGAGCACAGGUCUCAACAAAAGAACUGGGAGUUUGCGCUCCCCAAAUCCGGCACGACCAAGUACCACGAUGUUGUUCAGGUCUUGCACAAGGCCAUGCAGGAGCAUGACCAAUGCAUGUUGGGGCAGCAAGGGCAAGGGCUUUUGAGUUGCCUAGAGCGCUGGUUGAAAGAGCUCUGGGAGGCCAGCCAACAGAAGCCUGACCUCAUGGAUGAAAACGUACAGCGGAUGUGUGACAUUCAUGCUCACAUUCUGCUGCUGCUACGUAGCUUGCCGCUAGUUGGCAGGGCGAAGGGAAGCCAAAAACGUUCUCCGUAUCACCAUGUGGAGAGGCUACUCGGGUCGUAUUCGUUUUUGGUGGCCCAUCACACCUGGAAUGCUGGUUUCCUGCAGAUACCUGAGCCAGAGGUGAUGGAGGUUCUUCAGGUGCACAGGCGGUUCUUGUUGGAAUGGCUUGAUUCUUGUGAUUCCAGCAGCCAGUUCAACGAGGCUCUCGACAUAGUUCUCAAGCAGUAUGCGCUUGAAGACCGUGGUCGCGAGGGGGGUGAAGUGCAAGGCAAAAAGGCCUGGGGCAAGAUCAAUGAUGAUAUUUUGAAAUCAACGGGGUGCUAUGCGCUUGAUGAACGUGGUGAUUCUGAAUGCAUCAAGCACUUGCCUCGAAAGGACGUCUAUUGGUUGGAAGUCAAUCUCCAAUUGCUCCAAGUCUCGAUGAGGGGCACGUCUAUACAAGCUUUGGACGAGGAUCUCAUCAAAAGCCCAGCUUUGCAAAAGGUCUUGUACCGUGAAAACCGGGAACUGCGAACCAUGCAGGGAAGCAGAACCCUUGAGAGUUCCACUGUGGUGGUGUUCGAGCUCAUGUCGCAUGACUUUAUGAUCUUGAAAUGGGCUUCAGUCUCUCCUGGUUCCCCAGAGUUCCUACCUGUUUGCGUUGGCUAUGAUGACUUGUACGAUGCGGAGGAACUGCAAGAAGGAUUGGAGUGGAUCGGAGACCUAUUUGAGCCCAUCAGGAUGCAAUUCUGGCCGCCCAACCCGCAAGAACCUCCGAUGAAGUUCCUCCUCAACAGCGAAGCUCCCGUGUCGGCACCGGUGGCAAUUCUCGCUUGCUGCCAUCCAAAGGUACCAGGAAAGAUUUGGAAAGAGAUGCAUGUCUUCAGGGACUUGCAGAUGGUUCAAGUCUUUGGCAUUCGCAGCUACGGGCAUCGAUUCUAUCGAGUGCUCGAAUACUGCACCGACUGCCGCUUUAGCUUGCGGCACAUGCAGCCGAGCGCUGACGAGAGAGAAUCCAUUUGGCCAACCCUGGAGCGGUUUGCAGCUGGCAAGCCUUCUGGAUUGGGUGAGCAGCCUCCUUCAGUGACAGUUUGCCGUCGCCAGCUGAACGUUGGCGCAGCGAUUGAAGAGGAGAGGCAAGUCCUUGGUUUGCCCUGGCCUCCACAGAGGCCCGAAAACGAGUCGGACGACGAGGGCAUGGACUCCUCAGAUUCAGAACUUGACAUGAGUGACAUUACCUUGCAGAAAUCUCAAGUUCAAUUUGUGGAGGCACCUGACGGCUCAAAGGAAUGUCAUGAGAUGAUCUUCAGCCUUGUCCAGGAAGCUGAGCCUGACACCGACAAAAGCGACCACAAGUACAAUCUUGAAGUUGCCAAGCAAUCUCAUAAGGGACAAGACUUUAACGAGGGAGAUGAUGUAACAAUCCGGAAGAUGGGCGUUGCCGAAGCGAAGCAGAUUUUGGAGAACUCCCCAGCUGGGUGGGCUGAUCGUUUGACACAACACCUCGGCACCAUGGUGAAAGUCGUCAGGGUAACUGACAGUGGCACCGUAAAAGUGAAAGCAGAAGGUGGGUCGACUUCAUUCUGGCCAAAGUCGAUGCUUGAGCGAAAGACGGAGGACACCUCGAAGACCGCACCUCCGCUGGGCAAGCAGAUUCUGAGCUUCCGGGAGUAUGACCCUGUCACAGGAGAGCUCAAAUUCAUGGUCCGGGGAACCGAGAGAGGUGGGACGCUGGACACCUGCCGUAUCCCACUGCUGCAAAGCGGCGCCAUCCUACGUGAUUUGCUCCGCCUAGCACAGGUGGCCGAGGUUAAAGGCCUCGAGGCGGCUGCGCGCACAGCACGAGCAGCCCGCGGCAUCAGUUGGUCCAAGUUGACGCGGAGAGGGGAGCUGUUCUUGCCCAAGGAAGUUCUGCUUGGGGUGGUGCCCGCGUGCCUUUUGGAGACCUACCACUUCUAUCAAGACAUGACAGAGGAUGCCGUCCUGCGUGGUUAUCCGCUCAACCAGAAGCACGAGGAGGAAGCCUUCGCUAGCAUGGAUCAUUGGCUGUUGGUCAGACUUGUGAAAAGGCAUACCUCAAAGCACACUGGGAGCACAGGCCUUCAUGCCUUUGUGAGAAAAAUCACGAAGUCCCCCACAGGAAAGACCUUGGCAGGGCCAAAGCUGGUUGACUUGCUCUUCGCAGAGGAGGGCUCCCCCGGCUUUGUCGUCGCUCAGGUCAUUUCAAGGCUUGAAAACCUAUCGCACUGCUUGGCAUGGUCUUACGAUGUGGAUGGAGCUGCGGGAUCUUCCAUUGACAUCCUUGAGCUGCCCAGAUUGCGCUUGAGUUUCGAGCACAAAGAUGGCCAGCUGCUCUCCAAGGACUUCAAGGGCAUGCGCUUGGUGACUCAUGCCCCGCCCAGAGUGGUGCAAUUGAUGAGAGGGCUUCCUCACAGCGUUCCGCUUCAGGACCGGAAUGACAACUACCACAUUUUGGUGCCUUUUGUUCUAACCCACCGGCCAGACAUUGAGUCGGACCCAUUCUCAGGCGAACUGGUCUUGGAGCGAGAGAAUCGGGUAUGGUCAGCCCACAGAGUCAAGGUGUUUCUGUACGAAGUCCACUUGUCACAGACUUUCCUUUACACACCAACUCCGACAGCUGCACUCUAUUUGUUGUUGCUGAAGUUCCAGCACAGGCUCUAUGAUGAGGUGGCUCGGUUGGUGCUUUCCAUAGCCACUGAUAGCAGAUACCAAGACGAGCCUUUUCAUGUGUUCUCACACUUGCAGACUGUGGUGGACGAUCAGCAUCCGGAUGCUUGUGCUUGUAAGGUGAAGAUUGGAGUGGUCACCGGUGAUGCUGACAUGCAACUGCCGAUGAGGCUAGACUUGGAGAUGGCGCUCUACGUGCAAAAGCUUCACCAUGUGUCGGCCUCGUGCCGUCUCACUUUGGAAGAGGAACAGCGAGCUUUGCAACUGAUCGAUGAUCACAACGAGCGCUUACGGAUUGCAUUGGAACACCUGGAGUCUGUCCCAAGGAGAGAUUGGGCUGAGAAGGUGGAGGAUAAAAAGUUCCUGGCUGCAUUUCAGGCUUUGCUUCGUUCAGCAUCUCUGCCAGUGCACAUGGAGGAUGCCAAGCGGCUCCUUGUGCAGUCAGUCAACUGGAAACAUUUGCCUCCAGACAUGGUUGCCACCCUUUCCAACAGACGAAGCGUGUUGGAAGCUCUUGGAAAGGCACCUUCAAGCCAGGUGGACCUGUGCCAGGUCGAGCUCAGCUUGCCAGCGAGGGGAACAGGUCCCAAGUCUUCACGACCGGGCAGUGUGUUCCAAAGCAAGGACACCAGCUUCAUGACCCGCAGCCCGGACAGCAUCAUCUCAGAACUGGGACAUGUCGGGCUUCCAGACCGACGCAAGCUCAAACUCAACGAUGCCGUGGCCGUCGCCUAUGGAGCUCUUCACUCAGAAGACGCGGGCAGGGAAAUUUUUUGGAUGCUGUACCUGCUCCUCUUCGAGCACAAAUAUGGUGUCAAGGUGCAACUGAGGAAUGGGCAACUUUGCCGCCACUCGCACUGCUUUGGCAGCAUCCUUUUUUUUCUGUCCAGCUUCAGCCGAGCAUUUGGGACUCAGCAAAGCCUCCUGCGUUUGAUGAUCCACAACAAGGAGUUGAUGGAGAAUUUGCCGCCUUUGAUCGCAAAGAAGGAGCGCGAGUUUCAUAGUCAAGUCUGGGAACUGAGCGCUGCUUGUCGAAGGCACCUCUCAGAGUUGUUUUGGCCGCGCAGUGUCGAGACUUUCAAGUGCCUAACCCAAAAGGUCGAAAUAGUUUCCGUGCGUCCAAGUGGCGAGGGGCUGGGUGGUGUUCGACCAGAGCUGCGCAGUGGCCCCUUGGCCAAGCAACUGGACCGCCUUGUUUCUUGGAAGCCCCCGAGGGUUAGCAAUGCCUUGCAAGGGGAGAUCUACCUAGCUUCGCGCCCAUCCAAUCUGGAGCACUUCAGUCGGAGCCCACUGGAAGGCUUAGAAGGCGGGCUGGAGCGGUAUGUGGCCAGUGUUGGGGCCGAACAUGUCAAAGAAACCCUGCCGUUUCAACUUGAGAAGCAUCCCGACAUGAAAUCGCCUCUUUCACAAAAGGCCCUGAAACGUAUCAAAGACGAGAUGCAGCGCUUCGCAGAACAGCAUCGUGAUGACCGAAAACAACUCUUGUUGUUUGUGGACGCAGCGGGCGACAAUAGGCCUCCCGUGCCAGAAGAGACAUUUGACUUGAGGAUUGCCUUGGAAAGGCUGCGAGCUGCUGACGUGAAAGAGAUCGAAAGGUUGACCGAACAUGUGCUGAAAGAAGCUUCCAGUCUCGAUCAUCCUCACGAAAGACCAGCAGAAGAGAUUCUGAGGUUUUGGUUGCUUCGCUAUGCUCGCCAGGAAGCAGAAGCUUGGUUCCAAUUCCUUUGCGCAGUGGUGUGCAGCAAUGCAUCCUUGCAAAACCUACUUCACUUGAACCCCUUCCUCACAAGCAAUCAGUGUGAAAGCUUGGUUCAGCAGGUGGCUGUUCUCAUGCUCCACACCGUCCGAGUGAUUCAAAUCAACCGAGCUUUGGAUCAGCUGCAGAGUUUGAUCUCGGCCAUCAAGAGUCCACCAUCCAAAGCUCACGCAGCUCGCAUCAAGGAGGAAAGCUUUCUUCUUUGUCAGACCUUGGUUGCUGAGAGGUGUUACAUGGCAGGAUGUGAAGCUGGAACCAAGUAUGCUUUGGACCCCAGACUUUUGAGCUUUGAGUUCAGUGACAAGAAGCUGCUACGGCGGCGGCAGGUGGAAUUGGUUCGAGAUUUCUCCAAGUCGGCGGAACAUGAUGUUUCGCUGGUGAAGCAGAUGAUCAUGGGAGCAGGAAAAACGACAGUUGUCUCCCCGCUCUUGGGUAUGCUGCUCGCUGAUGGCAGACGGCUGGUCGUUUUGAUGGUCCCCGCGCCCCUAUUGGAGUUUGCCAAGUCGGUGCUCAACGCCGUGUUUUCCAACAUCGUUCUCAAGCGCACCUUCACCUUCCAGAUGACUCGUAGUGACGACAUCGACUGCCAGCUCUUCAAGAAGAUUAGCAGACUUCGCGACAGUGGGGAUUUGGUUCUGACCGUGCCUAUGGCCACCAAAAGCCUCAUGCUCCGCUUUGUGGAGUCUUUGCUUGUACUGAAUGAUCGGAAGGCCAGACAGAGGACGCCUCAACUCCGAAGCAACAUGGUGAACUUGGGGCAAACUCUUGAACUUUUGCAGGAGUCUGUGGUGCUGAUUGACGAGGUCGACUGGGUGUUGCAUCCUUUGAAGUCUGAGCUGAACUUCCCGAUUGGCGAGAAACAACCCAUAGAUCUCGCUCCCCUUCGCUGGGAACUGCCACUGCAUUUGCUGGAGUCGUGCUUUCUUGCCGCUGUCUCUGACAUAGCUCCGACAAAGAAUGCGACCACUCUGGUGGAGUUGAAGCAGGCAAUCGACAGAGGUUUCGACCAGUGUUUCAUCAUGAAGGAGCCACACAUGGUUCUUUUGGAUGAGAAAUUCUACCAAAAGGAGAUGAAGCCUCCUCUGCUGAAAUGGCUCAACAUUUUCCUGAACCAGAAGCACACUGGAAGACAGUUCAUAGGUGGUGCAGAUGGCCAGGGGCUUCAGUCUGAGGAGGUUCUGGCAUUCGUUGGCAACACCUGCAACAUUUCGAGCAACUACUAUUUGAUACCUGGCAAGUAUAGGCUGACUUACCAAGACACGGACGUCCAGAUCGGUGGCCCAUACUUCGCACGUCCAGGUGAGGGUGGUGACUUCUUUCUCUCUGGACUCAGUCGACCAACUUUGCAGGCGUCGUCAGCGUCACACCAGUGGGUCAUGCAACGAGGAUCUCAGAAGUGGAUCUUGGGGCGGCUGGAGGGUGAGGAGGCUGAGGUGGAAGCCUUUUUCGAGGCCUUUGUGACUCCUGGGGAUGAUGAGUGUCCUGUAUCCUUGCAGUGGCAGCUGGUGAAACUGAAAGAAGAAGAAGGAUGGAAGCUGCGGCCAGACACGCAGAUGGAAGCAAAAGUUGCAACACUUGAGGCAAGGAUGGCUGGAGAGACGCAGAUUAGCGCUCACGACAUCAAAGUCUUGACUUUGGCGAGAGACUGGAUCAAUGUCAUUCUACCACACUGCCUCAAGAAGAUCAACCGUGUCACCUUUGGAUUGAUGACAGAUGAGCAGGUCAACGAUGCUUUGCUAGAGAAUCCACUGAUGUCAGAAACCCGCGGCAAGCUGGGUAUCCCCUUCAUCGGGAAGGACAUGCCGUCACCAGCCGCUGAGUUCCAGCAUCCUGAUGUUUUGGUGGGAUUGAGCUUCUUGAGCUAUCGCUACCAAGGCCUCAGGAAGAGCGACAUGGCCGAUUUGUUGUCGACUUUGUCUGAGAGAUAUUCACGAGAGCCUGGGAAGCCUGGCCAGCGUGCAAGCAACAAGCUAUUCAAAGCAUGGGUUGAAGCUUCAGGCGGGAGAAUUGCAGGCGAGCCCACUGACAAUGCUGAGUUGCCAAAAUUUCGCCAGCUUCAUGAACUAGAGCUCACCAACGAGAGACAGAUGGAGGAGCUACACCAACUACUCCACAAGACUGCGGCGGUGGUUGAUUGGUACCUGAAAAAUUGCAUCUUCCCGGCGUUCAUGCGCUUUCAAAGCCAGCAGCUUUCUGCCAGCGGUGAAGAUCUUGGGGGUGGCAUUCUCUUCAAGACCCGCUUAGGUUUCUCUGGAACUCCUUCGGACUUGAUGCCCAUGGAGUUGGGUUCUUGCGACUUUGAGCCUGGCAGCGAGGGGGAAUGCAUUCACAACCUUUGCACUUCGGAAGGUGGCAUCGUCAGCGUACACGAGAUCGGAGACAAUGAAUGGAACGCCAAGUCCUUGCUGCGACACAUUGCGAGUAGCAGGAAUCCUCCUCUCCAUGCUUUAAUUGAUACUGGGGCGCUCAUCACCGGAAUGACGAACCAAGAAGUUGCUCAGUUCUUGUUGUAUGAUUCCGAGGGCCUUGCUUCAGACUUCGAGGGGUGUGUGUUCGUGUCCGAAAGUGGACGUAAGCAGAUCUUGGUUCGUUCUUCGCAGGCUGUUGUAAACCUUGAUGAGAGCCCUUCGAUCUCUCUUGAAAAGCGCUUUGUGUUCUAUGACCAAGUGCACACGACUGGAAUGGACAUCCAACACAAACCGGAUGCGGUUGCUGCCUUGACCCUGGGCAAAGACAUGGUGUUCCGGGAUUAUUCCCAAGGGGCAUAUCGCAUGCGUGGGAUUGGCAAAGGGCAAAAAAUCCAUUUGCUCAUCGUGCCAGAACUACGGCAGAUGAUGGAUAGCAUGUAUGACCCUUGGCAGUCUUCCGAAGCCUGUCGAACAGACACAGGCGGUGCUGAAUGUGCAGUUCCCCCUGAAUUGCGUGUGCCUCAAGUGGGCGCGUGGCUUAUGCUGAACACCGCUUUAGCCGAUCAGCUGCAGUGGGCAUCCCUGCAGAUGAAGGAUGCGGCAAAUGUGUGGCGACUGCCGGCUUUCCGCUGCUUGUUGGGUCAUGACGGUCGCCUCUCUUUCCGAGAUGUCGAGGAAGAAAAGGUUCAGAAGUCCGCGGCCACUUUCGUAGAUACUGUCAUCAUGAACGUCAAGGAUGAACUUCCGAAAUCACGGGCGAUGGAUGAAAUACUGCAGAGGGCCAUUCAGACAGCCCAGAAAGCGGGCCUUUUGGAAGUUCCACACCCUGAUGCCCCCAGCAGGCCAAAACCGGAAGAGCAGUUCUUCAAAGUUGGUCAGGAGAAGAAAACAGGGAGUGAGAUGUUGAAGAUGGUCCAGGACGAAGUGUCGGAAUUUGUGAAGGCCACCACCUUGCACAUAGACGUCGGCCAAGGCUUGGACGCCGAACAGGAGAAAGAGCAAGAAAAGGAGCAAGAGAAGGAGCAAGAGAAAGAGCAAGAACAGGAGCAGGAGCAAGAAAUGGAGAUUGAAAAGUUUGUCGAUUUGCUCUACUGCCGUGACGACGAAGAGCCUGAUCCCUGGCACUACGAGACCUUGGCCAAGGACCAUGAGGUCCGGUACCAGAUGGUCUUUGGGGACCCUCGAGUUCUUCUGGCGCCUCCUGACCUGGUAGUGAAGCUUGAAGCCUGCGAGGGGGACAAAAGCUUUAACCUGGCUCAAACUAUCCCAGCUGAUGCAACCUUUCCUAUGAAGGUGGUCCUUACACUGAAGUCAAUCCCAGAGCAGUUCUACAGAGCGGCUGAGUUCAAGGUCAACAAGCUUUGUCCAUCGUUGCCUUACUUGCCAGCAGACCUUCUGAUCUCGAGGAACUAUUUCAACCGAAGUUGGUCGGGCUUCAGAAGGGUGAAGAAUGUGGCAGUGGUUCUGGAAUGGAGUCGUCCAGUUUCUGGAGAUGGAGCUUCUGGCGUGAGAGUUCACAUAUCGACAGAGGCACCAUGGAAGCAGGAGCAGCAGGAGGCCAGAAUCACAGAUUGUCUCCAAAGAGUUUGGCCUCUCUUCGACACAGAUGGCGGACAUCUCCUGGCCAAGCAGGUGCAGCUGGUCACAGCUGCCGCCUUUGAUUUGGGCUCAGAUUUCAUGGACUGUGUUGGAGAGGAUUUGGGCAUGGACGGGAUACGGAACGUUUUGUCUUCAAAUGUUCAUCAUGAGACUGAAGCCGACCGCUUCUUUGUCUUAGUCAGCCUCGCUGAAGCAGAGACCCUGCGACGCAUCGCCCACUGCAAGAGCAGCAAAGACGGUCCAGUCUUCGCUGGUGCCAAGCAUGCCAGUUUUGCAUUGAGAUCUUUGGUGGAUUGGAGCAAGCCUUUUGACAAAGCUUCCGGCUUUGAGCAAGGCGAGAAAGGCUUUCAGACACAGCAAGCCGCGCAAGUCUCAAGGUUCCUCAACUGCGAGACCUCUUUCGAAGGACAUCAAGUGAACGCAGUCAGUUGA